AUGGAUAAUAAAAAGUUGUCUGAGGUAGUGCCUGACAGGGUGUACUUAAACCGUGGUGGACAUAGAGUUGAGGUGCCCAUGCACAAGCUGCACUAUCCUCAUAGUGUGCUUCGUUCUAAUCGGCCAAAAAUGGAGGAUACGGCUGGGAACGUACCGGGUGCAUUGUUACAAGUAGGAGAUCACCGGCCAGAGAUUGUGCAGAAUUCAGGAGGUGCGGCGAAUAAGGUUAAGCAGGAAGUUAAAGAAGUUCAGGAGGAUGGGAAAGAUGAAGGAGGCUCAGCUAAGUGA